AUGGCGGACUUUCUAGCUUCUUUCAACUUUGGCGCGGCCGGGGACGAGCCGGUGCAUGACGAGGCCUGCUCCAGCCUCGACGACGUGCUGUCCCGCUUUCGCGAUGCGUUCGACGGCAAAAUAACGGAGACACGCGCGGAGCGAAUUAAAUUAAGCGUCGAUAUCGGCCCAUCGACACAGUUCACCGUCUUCGCUGGUCAAGGCGACAAUGUCGACUCGAACCUCAGCACAGUCUCUGCUCGCGAAGCUCUCGUGUCGCAGCCGCAGGAGACCCCGAUAUUACAACGCGCCGUAUCGCAAGAAAUACUCAAUAGCAUAGGCGGUAUAGAUGGAAGCACCUGGUCGAUGGUAGAGGAAAACCGCAAAGCGCAGGGCUGGGUCAUCACAUUCGCCUGUAACCACUCGUGGCAGCAGUGGACUCGCCACGGCAAGGCCGCGCAGAUGCAAGCCAUCCUUGAAUACAGCCAAAAGGAGAUGGAUUUCGUGUCCCGAGCGCGGCCUGCAUUCGACUGUGGAGGAUCGGUGACGAUUAGCUUUUCUAAAGGCAACAGCGCCAUCACCGCCAACUAUUCACACACUCCUCUUCACCGAACCGUUGGCGAGGUUUAUGAUUUGUUCAAGCCACCACCUCGGCCUCCGAGGGCCGUUUCUAAGAAGAAAGCGCCCGGAUCGGCCAAGAAGAGCGACACGCCACGCAAGAAACGAGCCGCGAUCAACGCCGAUGGAGAACCUGCUCCCAAGAGACCGAGAUCACGACCGAAGAAGGGCGCGAAAAAUCAACUUUCGCAGGCUGAGUUGGUCCCGAUUACAGAGGGCUUUGUCUCGACCGAUGCAAACCGCACGACUGUAAUCGACGCUGCGGAUCAAGUUGCUCUUGCGGCUCUUUCAGCAGCGACGGCGGCGGAAGCCCUUCCAAAUACCGGUUCAAAGGCAACAACAAAGCACAACACGGCGUCGCUGAAUGUGUCACCUGAAGAAGCAGAGCGGCGACGCGAAACGGCUAUCAAGAAGCUCACAGAAGCUGGUAUCGACCCAGCCACACUCAACGAGGAUCAGUUCAGCAUUUUCUCCAACCAAUCGCCGGAAGUUCAGGCCGAGUCGCUGAAUAUGCUCGUUAAGUACGGUGCAGAAAGGUUGCACAUUGUUAACCCAGCAAAAAAGGGUAGCUCACGGCCGGCUCCGAGCCAGCCUGAUGCCCAAACAAUAGCAUCUGGCGCCGUCAACCUUGGGCAUGACUCACCUAGUGAAAGUACAGGAGAAGAAGUCUCUGUCGCUGAAGCAACUGGAACGUCGGAGACGCCUCGAAAGGGCGGCAAAAAGGGGAUGAGAUCGCGAGUCUUUUGCUUUAAUUGCAAGCUUUCGAAAUCCAAGUGCUCGAAGGAUAAGCCUACCUGUACUGUGUGCCAGCAGUCUGGAUUGACGUGCGAGUACCCAGUGCCCAAGCCCAGACCGAGAAAGUCUGCCGCUUUUGUCACGGAAGACGAUGAUACUAUCAUGUCGGAGACUGUGGAUGCCGAGGGCGAGGUAGAGGACUCUAGACCAGAAGAUGCCCAAACAUCGGGAGUUGUUCAUGCACAAGAAGUUGUUCAUGCACAAGAAGUUGUUCAUGCACAAGAAGUUGUUCAAACAGAAGAAGCUGCUGAAACACACGUCGUCGAAACUCACCACCAACCAUUGGCCUCUAGCCAAGUUCUCAUCGCAAAUAUGAUGGAAUUAACCCCGGACGAUGAGGGCAAUGGCUCUCGACCCAUGGGAGAUGCGAGCAUUCAGCCCACCACAUACGAGAACCCGGCUCCGGUAAGCUCGGUCAACUGGAGCUCUGGCGGCCUGGCCUUGCCACAAGGGCGCGUCUUCUAUCCAGAUACAACUGCUGUAGCGAGAGAACCGCUGCCAAAUAAUGCCAGCACUGUCGUGGAAGCCACAGCCACGAGAAGAUCACAGCGACCGCCAAAGCCUUCAGAAAAGGUUAAGAGCAGGGUACCGACGCCUGCCCAGGCUCUCAUGGCUUCACCCCCUCGUGAAAGACAUGAGAGUCCUCUCGAGCGCCACAACCCGAGGAGGCACGAGGCUCAACCACGAAACCCGCUUACCCUUGACCGGUCUCCGGCUAACCCCUACAGCCAGCCGGAAACUCAGUCGCAGUACGCAAGCGACCCUUAUCGACAAAGCGCCAGCUACGGUCAGAGCCAAGGAGCGUACCCGCAACUUCAAGAUGCCGCAACGGAGAGGAUUGCAUACGAUCCCACUGCGUACCGUAACUCUACACAUGUUGCACUGGCUAGAGCUUUUAGCCAGCAAGAGCCGCCGGCGCCUGUGCGUGCCAACGCUGCCAAACCCUCAUGGCCGAGUCGCGGACGAGACGUCGGCGCGGCAGGCACCCUUGAGCGAACCCACAACUACACCGGGGGGAACAACACCAACAAUAACACUGGGAACACAAUGGUUUCGGUGCACCCACAGAACCAGCCUCACAGCCUUGGUGGUAACGGUAAUGGUGGCGGCGCGCAUGGCGUGAUGAGCGAGCCAAAGCGUGGCGGCGCUCCACGAAAGUCUUAUUCGUCACAGCCUACACAGCAGCCUACACAGCAGCCUACACACCAGCAGCAGCAUCAUCACCAUCAAACAACGGUUGCGCCGAACCAGACGCAGCACGGGCAGCAGCAGUCUUGGUAUGGAUAUAACGGCCUCCACGGCAGCUCCACGACCACGACGCAUUCGAGCAACGGUUGGGGAGGUUCCGGCGGCAGUGGUUGGAACUGA